AUGCUCGCACCGGCGCUGCUGGGGCUGCUGCUGCUGCUGGGCCCCGCGCUGCCGGCCGGGCCCCCGGCCCUGCGGAGCGCUUUGGGUAUCCCUGCUCCCUGCCGGCUGUCCCGGGCUGAGUCAGAGCUCAGGUGCCGUGUCCCAGGGGGGAAGCUGUGCAGUGACAGAGGCAGGUGUGAGUGUGGAGCCUGCAUCUGCCAAGUGACUGAGGCUGGCAAAUACUACGGUCCCCUCUGCGAGUGCCACGACUGGGUGUGCGAGACCUACGACGGGAAAAUCUGCGCAGGCCAUGGAAAGUGUGACUGUGGGAAGUGCAAAUGUGAUGAAGGAUGGUACGGUGAAGCUUGUCAGUAUCCAACUACUUGCAAUCUUACAAGGAAGAAAAGCAAUGAAAUGUGCAAGAAUUCUCAAGAUAUCAUCUGUUCUGGUGCAGGCACAUGUCAGUGUGGCAGGUGCCAAUGCGCUAACUCAGAAGAAAAUGGACUGGUAUAUGGCAAAUUUUGUGAAUGUGAUGACAGAGAAUGCAUUGAUGAUGAAACAGGAGAGAUUUGUACAGGCCAUGGAAAGUGUUACUGUGGAAACUGUUACUGUGAGGCUGGUUGGCAUGGAGAUAAAUGUGAAUUCCAGUGUGACAUCAGCCCCUGGGAGAUCAAGAAGAGAUGCACAUCUCCAGAUGGCAAAAUCUGCAGCAACAGAGGCACAUGUGUAUGUGGGGAAUGUACAUGCCAUGAUGUGGACCCAACUGGUGACUGGGGCGAUAUUCAUGGAGAUACUUGUGAGUGUGAUGAAAGAAACUGCAAAGCAGUGUAUGAUAGAUAUUCUGAUGACUUCUGUUCAGGUCAUGGACAGUGUAAUUGUGGAAGAUGUGACUGUAAAGAAGGAUGGACUGGGAAAAAGUGUGAACAUCCACAUUCGUGUCCAAUGUCAGUUGAAGAAAGUGCUAAGAAAUGUCAAGGAAAUUCCAAUUUACCUUGCUCUGGAAGAGGGAGAUGUGAGUGUGGCCAAUGCACUUGUUUCCCUCCAGGAGACAACAGAGUUCAUGGCAAAAACUGUGAAUGUGAUGAUCGACAGUGUGAAAAUGCAGAUGGCGAUGUCUGUGGGGGCCAUGGUAUCUGCUCAUGUGGCCGAUGCAUUUGCCAGGAUGGGUGGUUUGGAAAGUUGUGCCAGCACUCAAGGAAGUGCAACAUGACGGAGGAGGAGAGCAGAAGUCUCUGCGAGUCGGCGGAUGGCAUAUUGUGCUCCGGGAAGGGCUCCUGCCACUGUGGAAAGUGCAUCUGUUCACCCCAGGAAUGGUACAUUUCGGGUGAUUUCUGUGAAUGCGAUGACAGAGACUGUGACAAACACGAUGGUCUCAUUUGCACAGGUAACGGUGUUUGUAGCUGUGGAAACUGUGAGUGCUGGGAAGGAUGGAAUGGAAAUGCUUGUGAAAUCUGGCUGGGGAGAGAAUACCCGUAAUGGAGGAUGUCAAAGAUUGUGGAGGGUUUUUUUGUUUGUUUUUCCUUAGGCUGCUAGGACAUUUAAUUUCAGAAGUAUCUGGGUGUGGGUAUGCAUGAACGCACACAUACAUGGUUGUAAAUACCUUAGAACACAUUUGAGGAUCUGCUCCUUAAAGAAAUGCAUCAGAAAACUAAGCAAGGGAGCACGACAGCCCAAGCUCUAGAGGGUGAAGUCAUAAAAUACUGGCCCUAUGGAACUUCUCCAGAGAUUUUUUUGUAAAUUCAGUGGAACUGAUAUUAUACCUGUAAUGACUAUUUCUUGGAGCAACCUGAUGCAAAGGUAUAAGAAGACCCCUUUCUUAACAUUAUUUACUUGGUUGUCACGUCUCCUUGUCAGUAUGCAACAAUUCACCUGUAGAAGAGUAGCACUGGUGGAAUAUUGUCAAAUAAUUAGUUUGAUUUGUUUUAUGGUAUUUGAAAAAUACAUUUUUUGACCCUUUUCUUUCCAACAGUCCUGAUUAAAAACCAACUCAUAAAUUGAGAGAAAAUAUUAUAGAUAUAAUAUUAAUGAUUUUUUUAUUUGGUCAGUUGUGUAACUGAGGUCCAAUUACGUGACAGACCCAAAAUGUUUGAAUGGGAACUUUUCCACAGGAGAACUUUUAGUUUCUGUGGUUGAUAUGUCCAAAAGUUGGUUAUCUAAUCUACAUAUUGCAAUACUUUAAAAUACAUAACCUAUAGAAACAUAUGGAGCGAAACUAAUAAAGAUAUAAAAGUAUGAUUGCCUAUUCUGCAUAUAUAUUCUGCAACUCACAUGUACUUUUCUUGUACUGUUCUACAUAUCUACAGCUGCCUCCUACAUGUAAAGCAAAUGAAAUUUUUUUAUAUUAGUAACUUUAAGGAGUUUACUCUUAGAAAUCACUGUUCAGGACAGAUUGCCCUUUCACACAUGGAAUUCACUGAAUUUAACUGCAUUUGUAGAAGUAGGGAACCUGAACAUCAACUGACUUGAAAAAUCAUCUGUGCUAUGCAGUAGCUUGGUCUCAGCCAAAGAUGUUUGGACAAUGUUGACAAAGUAAUUAAAGUUUUAAUACAGUAAAUACAAACAAAGCAGUGGUAUGAACAAAAAUUUUAUUUUUAUUUUCCAAUGGUGAAAUGCUGCUCAGUGUGAAAUUCACAUUGAGUUAUGAACGAUGCACAACUAUUGGGACUUCCCUAACUUAUUUACAUAUGAGUCUCUUAUUUUUUGUACAUGUAGAUUUGGCAGCCCUUGAAUUCUUUAGAGCAAAAAAAAGAAAUAUACAUUUUAGUUUCAAAAGUGUUUACAUUUUGUGAAACCAUGAUUGAGCAAUAAAUUGAUUAAAUGGCUCAAAAAUACUUCUUUUAGAUACCAAACUUUAACAUUGUGGUUUAGGUGCCAAGGUCCUGAUUUUUGAAGACGUGCAUGACUC